GACGUGGACCCCUACAGAAAAAAAACGGAUCGAAAUCUGACCAAUCCGAAGCCUGGGUUGUUGACCAAUCAGAGGCCGUGUUCGUGCCAGGGUGGCCUCUGAUUGGUCGAACCGAGGUUGUGCUUUCUCUCUCACGCCACAAGCCUAACCCUAUGGAAAAGAAACACAAGGGUCGGUCCAGUUUGGAAAACCAAGGUGAAAGUCAGACACCGGAAUGGACCAAUCAGAAAGCAGGACCUCGAGGGCUUUUAAUACGACCGAUGCUCUCCGGUCAUCACUUUUCACUGAACGGACCAAGCAACAACAUCGUCCCUCUGAUUGAUGUUCCUUACGUUGUGUUGGUUGUUGGCGUUUUAUCUGGAAGAAACACGUGUUUGGAGAGAGUACCAUCAAGUGUUGGCACACCUCCGUGAAGACUUGGAAAGAAACAACAACAACAACAACAACGACGAACAGAACAUCCGGACAACAUCAUGUCGAAACGGUUGAAUGACAAGACACGAAACGACAUGAGUGGUCAAGGAAGCAGUGGAGAUGGGAACGGGAACAUGACUGCUGAACUGUGGGGUGAAGUGUACGACUUGCUGUGUUUAAAGAUGAAGACCGACGACGCGUACGCCAAGUUACGUGCGAAGGGCGACAACCUGAUGUGCGAACAGAUACAUUCAAAGAUGAGGAAGCUGACUGAACCCGAGAAAGGCACAUCGAAGAAGACGAUAAAGAAGAUCCAGAAGAAAAAGACGAGCAAACCCACAGCCGUGGUGACCCCCACAGCAGUGGCAACACCCACCCCCACCACCACAGCAGCCACAGCAACCAUUGCUGCAGCGACAACAGGCAUCGAAACGAUGGGGACAUCCUUUUUGAAACCUGCCACACCUGCAACGCCUGCAAAAAGACGAUCACGGAAGAAAUUAUCUCUGAAGAUCUCUCCUCAAGAACAACUGACCCCUGAUGUCAGUUCAGCCCAGUCCGUGCUAGAACAGUGGUGGGAACAAACCCCUCGGGAGCCCACCUAUUCACCGAAUGCCCCUGUGACGAUGGCGACGGGUGACCUCGAUGAUCAUGAAGCGCUCAAGCUGGCCACUCUCCCUUCCAUGGAUCUGGACACGCUCCCCCUGCUCGAGGCUUCUUGGUCACCAGCAUCCCCGGAAGAGGUUCAUGUCUACUCCUCAGGGAGGCCAUAGACUGUACGUGUUGAACGGAUGGACCUCUCACAGGUUUGAGGGAGGACCACCUCUUAUGGGCUUGAAGAUGGAAGAGCUUGAAGAUGGAAGAGGAAAACGUUGUCGCGUUAUUGUUGUUGUUGUUGUGGUUGUUGUAGGGACAUGCAAAGCACUCCCUCCUCCAUUGACUUUUCGUAUUUCCAUUGUAUCGGGUUGUGAUUGGGUUUUUUCAUGAUUAAACAGUGAUUGAUUGAA